GCGCCAAGCACUUCCGGAGCUGCGGAGACCGCUCCUGUGGAGGAAGCAGCGCGGGUUUGACCGGCGUCGGCCUGCUGUCUCUGCCGCCGCUGUGCCCCAAUCCUAUCCCUCUGGUCCGGCCUGACCCGGUCUGGCUCGCCCGGGCUCAGCGGCCGCGGGGCCGCAGCUCCUGAUGGAAAUCAUAUUACAUAGACUAUUUGGGUGACAUAUGCCUGAGAAAUCUCCCAAGAAUUACAGAAGACAAAAAUACUAAUGCAUUUGAGAAAGCGGUAGUUUUGGGGGGAGGGUGAAAAAGCAACUGCUUUCCUGAUCUGCAAGUUGGCUGGAUGCUAAGAUGUCCGUGGACAUGAAUAGCCAGGGGUCUGACAGCAAUGAAGAGGACUAUGACCCAAAUUGUGAGGAAGAGGAAGAAGAGGACGAAGACCCUGGGGACAUAGAGGACUAUUACGUGGGAGUGGCCAGCGAUGUGGAACAGCAGGGGGCUGAUGCCUUUGAUCCCGAGGAGUACCAGUUCACUUGCUUGACCUACAAGGAAUCUGAGUGUGCCCUCAAUGAGCACAUGACCAGCUUAGCCUCUGUUCUAAAGGCCGUUGAUGCUCACUGCCAUCAGCUGCAUCCUCCCUAUGGCACUGGUAUCUCAUUCAGUUGCUAAACUUAUAUUAGUUAAUUUCCACUGGCAAGUUUCAGAGAUAUUGGACAGAUACAAGUCCAAUUCUGCUCAACUGCUCGUUGAGGCUCGAGUUCAGCCUAAUCCAUCAAAACAAGUUUCCACAUCCCAUCCCCCUCACCACUGUGCAGUGUGUAUGCAGUUUGUGCGAAAGGAAAACCUACUCUCUCUGGCCUGUCAGCACCAGUUUUGCCGAAGCUGCUGGGAACAGCACUGCUCCGUUCUUGUCAAGGACGGCGUGGGCGUGGGAGUCUCUUGUAUGGCUCAGGACUGUCCGCUCCGUACACCAGAGGACUUUGUGUUUCCAUUGCUUCCCAAUGAAGAAUUGAGAGAGAAAUACAGGCGCUACCUCUUCAGGGACUAUGUGGAGAGUCAUUACCAGCUCCAGCUGUGCCCUGGUGCAGACUGCCCCAUGGUUAUUCGGGUACAGGAGCCUAGAGCUCGCCGAGUACAGUGCAAUCGGUGCAACGAGGUCUUCUGUUUCAAGUGUCGUCAGAUGUAUCAUGCACCCACAGACUGCGCCACUAUCCGGAAAUGGCUCACGAAGUGUGCAGACGACUCUGAAACAGCCAACUACAUUAGUGCUCACACUAAAGAUUGUCCCAAGUGCAACAUCUGCAUUGAGAAGAAUGGAGGCUGCAAUCAUAUGCAAUGCUCCAAAUGUAAACACGACUUCUGCUGGAUGUGUCUAGGAGAUUGGAAGACUCAUGGCAGUGAAUACUAUGAGUGCAGUCGUUACAAGGAGAAUCCUGACAUUGUGAACCAGAGCCAACAAGCCCAGGCAAGGGAAGCCCUCAAGAAGUACUUAUUUUACUUUGAGAGGUGGGAAAACCACAACAAAAGUUUGCAGCUAGAGGCACAGACAUACCAGCGGAUUCACGAGAAGAUUCAGGAGAGGGUCAUGAACAAUCUGGGGACAUGGAUCGACUGGCAGUACCUACAGAAUGCUGCCAAGCUCUUGGCCAAGUGUCGAUACACCCUGCAGUACACCUACCCAUAUGCAUAUUACAUGGAAUCUGGACCCAGGAAGAAGCUGUUUGAAUACCAGCAGGCUCAGCUGGAGGCUGAGAUUGAAAACCUCUCAUGGAAAGUGGAACGUGCGGACAGUUAUGACAGAGGGGACUUGGAGAAUCAGAUGCAUAUAGCGGAGCAGCGGAGGAGAACCCUGCUGAAGGAUUUCCAUGACACCUAAGUUGGGAUGUGGAUGUGCUGGGGUGAGGAAGAUGUGGCUGCAAGGUCUCCCAGCUGCUGUACUGCAUGCUGCAGGCUCUGCCUUUCAUGACCCCAGGCGACAGCCAGGGCCCCACUCCUGAGAGACACUGGCAACACUUCUUAGUUGAUUUCUGUUUUUUUCUCUUUUCACUUUUUGUUUCUACCAGGGUAGAGGCCAUGUUGAACUGGCCUCUUUUCAGGACUUUUAUUUCCCCCUGGAUGGUUGUUGGGAGGGAGGGAAAGUGUUUUCUGAAUGGCUGUUAUUAGUAUUAGAUCAUUACAACUUAUGUAACUUUCAAAGGUUGUACAAUUAUACAAAGAAAAAAAAAAAGGCAAACUAUAGGAUAACACAGAGCCCUUUUUGAAAAUAAAUUGGCGUUGGAGUGUUUUACCCUCUAGCUGUUUUACUUAGAAUGUAACAUAUGCUGCCUACCCACCUCAAAAUGUCUGUACUACAAGAGGACCCUGGGCCUCUGCUUUCCAUAUUCACAUUUGUUUGGCUGGAGUUGGAGUCCCAAGGGAAGAGCAUGGGUGGCAGAUGGUAGGGAACUGAACUAGCCUGUGCAGUGGGCACGGAGCACAAGGAGUCACAGCAUGUCUUCUGCCUUACCAUGGCAGUAUGGAGAUGGUCCAGAACACAGUCUUCUUGCCAUGGGCUGUUGUUUUCUCUGGUGGUGCUGCAUGUCUGUGGCUCACAUUUAUUCUUGAAACUGAGGUUUACCGGGAUCUGGCUACUGGGGCUAGAGCCCACAGCAGAAUGGGGGUGGGCCUGUGGCCCUCCAAACUAGGGGACAUAGGUCCAGCACCGUGUUUUCCUUUUGUCUCCUAAAGAUAGGGAUCUACUUUUGAAGGGAAUUGUUCCUCCCAAAUAAAUUUGCUUUACCUUGGUCCUUUCUUUUGUGCCAGUAUUCAAGUGGUAUAGCUCUGAGCAGGUCACACUUGGCCAUACCUGACACUGUCUUGCUGCAUUCUCCUCUGGCAAACAUCAAGGUCAGAAUUCAGCAUAGCCCUCCUUAGGGCACUGGCCUUCCUGACAUGGGGGCCAGGUUUGCACAAGUUAUUUUCAUGUUACCUAGAGCAUGUCCAGAGGCUGCUCUGAGGCUGAGGUGUAUUCCCCCUUGCCUGGUUCCAGCUGUCAGAGGAUACCAUCCAUCCUGGGGUCUGGGAGUCCAAGGCCACGGGACUCCUUGGUUUGUGGUCCCAGAUCCUGUACUAGGAGGGUCAGACCAGCUUUUGCACAGUCAAGUGCAAGGGAGCAGGUAGUUUGCCUGGUGUCCUACCUAUCCUGAAUCUGGUCCUGGGGUGCCUUCGAAAAGUUAGAUCUGUGAUCUCUGAGGUUUUUGUGGCUUUGUUCAGUGCUUCCACUCUAGGCCAGGCAGAGUAGUCUAUACUCUACCAGGCCUGCUUGACCUCCAGGGAGAGCUAAUACAGAGAUCUGUGAAUAUUGUGAUAGAAAUUCUUUGAUAUUCAUACAUUUCACCUGCAAGUCGGCAAUUUCCCAGGUACCAUGUGAGCUAUGAAACAGCCAUUCUUGAAGACAAAUGAUAGCUGUAAUUCUUGGAAUCAUGAGGUCCAUGGUUAGUUGGAGGUUCCCUUUCUCCCUCCUCAGGUUUUGUCUCUUCCUGUGUUCCCAGCAAGGAAAGGACUGCGGGGUGGAUUGGGAGAACAAAUUAGGAGUAUAGCAAAUGAACCCAGAAUGGAACAGUGGGGAGCUGUGAACGAGGAGAGGACCUGCUGCAGGACCUGGAAGUCAGGUAUGAAUGCUGUGUUGGCACAAGGAAUAAAUAUCCUGGUGUCUGGAGCCUUUAUCUCUCCAUCAAGUCCUUCCUGUGAUACCACCAUGGCACAGGAUCUGAGUUGUAGCUCUGCACCCUGAAUUACACCCUGGGCAUUGUCUGGGCUGCAGGGCUACCGGAUUCUGCAGUUGUGUGCAGCUGUGGCCCUGGAUGCUGGAGCUGCACGGUUUUCUGUGCUCAGACUGUAGCCUGUAGCUCUUGGCCUGUGUAGAGCCGCCUUCUGUGCCCCCAGUGGCUGUCGUUUGUUAACAUUAUCAGGAAGAUGGGAAAGGUCAGGCAGAAUUUUUCUGCCCUACAAAGGGCAGAAGAGAAGGGACACAGUAUUUUCAUGAAUUUACCAUAUCUCUUUGUUUUUCUUCAAAGAAAAAGUUAAUUGAGGCAAUGUCAUCUGCUCAAAGUUGAGUGGUUUAUUCACAAUAAACUAAAUUUCUGAUUAUAAAAA